AUGGGCCUGUUCGUGGCCCAAGACGGCUAUUACCAAGGCUGGCUGGCCACCUUGUUAUGUUGCUUCGCAGCUGUUGGCGAAGACGAACACCCAGCUGAGCUGGAUCGAUCUCGAGCUGCCGCUCGCCCCGUUGUUUGUCGAACACAACCGCAAGCUGUAUCGAGUCUGCCGCGUGUGCUCACCCUGCCCGCCCAGCAGCAAUCUGACUAUCAUGAGCCUCCGUCGUCUUCCACAUAUCCUUCCGAGGGUCCACCAUCUUUGCAACCUUUACGACUUGGUGAUAGUUCCCUCCUAGGCCCACGACCUCGAAACGAUGAUCGCUUUGACUCCUUCGGCCACGCUGCCCGACCAAGCAUUAGUGCGCCGAACGCAUUUCGCCGACUCGACUUCACAGAGGGACAACGUGCAGGCCUAAUCCCACUGAGGCUGGGUCCGGUAGUGCUCACACAGUCUACACCGGCGCCACGAGAGUCGUCUAUCACACCCGAGGAACGAAUGACGAGUGCACAUCAACGCUCGGACUCGACACAGGAGCUAUUGCCAUCAGCCAAACGCGAAAGCUACCGCCAAAAUAGAGGUACGCCCUUCCAAAGGUGCCAACGAGGAAGCGUGGUAGCUCUUGAACCUCAACAAACGCCGCUCGCGACCGAAGAGGUUCGACCGCCUACACUGGUGCUUGCAACAUCUUCAGCCGGGAUUGCUAGACCUCAACCUUCACGACAGUCGUCUUCUAGUACACUACGAAGAUUAUCGUCAGAGGGUCCAUCGCCACUGGAAGGACCAGGAAAAUCUACCGAGCGCAACCGGCUCAGACGGAAGCGUUCAGCACAAUUGCUGCCGAAGUCCUCCUCGGACACUUUCGACUUGGGCAUAGAAAAGGAAGUGCUAGAGCUGAAUACCAUUGUCGAGGAGAAACGAGCAGACACGUCUCGACCCAAAAGUCCAGAGCCGCAACACAUAGCCGCUAUUGCUCCUGGCAUGCAAGUCCGUGCAAGGUCAGAGACGUUGAACGACAUAGGCUCUGCGCUGGCACGACCGCUCACAGCCCGUGAGCCAUCCCGCAUUUUCGAUCACGAAGUCAUGUCUCGAACUAUCACUAGACCGUCUACAGCACAAGGAGGUCCAUACACGCGCAACAGCUCGAGAGUGUCGGGCUGGCUGUCAGGAUUGUGGACCACGAACACCACUCCUGCCGUCGCCGGACAUGAACUGUUCUACAAAUGCGCACCUUCAUCGCGCCCAAGACCGUGGUCUGAGGCCUCUCUGUGCAGUACAGCUACGCAUAUCGAGUCGCCAUCCCUCACCCUCGCAUCUUCGCUGACGUCGAAAACUCACAGCCGGUCUCUGACUGCCGAGUCAAGAAUAACCACGCUGUCGCCACCCUCGACCGUCUAUGACCACGAGAUGCCGGACAUAAGGAAGGACGCUGGAGUACAUUGGCCCCUUGGGAUCACACGAAGCCAAGUUGGAUUGGCGAUGUAG